UCCCUGGACUUGUGUUGCAGCAGUGGCGGUUCCCUGAACAUAUGUUACAGCUGUGAUGGUUCCUUGCACUUGCGUUACAGCAGUAAAGGGUCCCUGAACUUAUGUUACAGCUGUGAUGGUUCCUUGGACUUGUAUUACAGCAGUCAUGGAUCCCUGGAGGGCACCUACGGUGGUGCUUGGUGUGGUGGUGGUUCUGUUGUUGCUGGACGCCUGGAUGACACCAGUUGUAGCGAUUGUCACUUACGGUAAUGCCUGUUUCAAGAUGAACAAGCGGCUCCCUGUGACCCCCUUCCUGACCCUCACCACUGACACGUUAGUGAUGUGCAUCGUCUCCUGCACCUCUCGCCAGAACUGUGAAGCUUUCAACUUCAAGAAUUCGACGAAAACCUGUGAGUUGCUGAAUACCACCCUGUGUGACGGAGACGCCGUUGACCUCUUGAACUCUCCUGGCUGGAACUACUAUGACCUACAAGAUUCCCAAGAUCAGGAAGUGGAAACACCUCUAUAUGACGACCCUGCCUGCAUUAACUAUGGAAUCUGUUCUGAGAAAUGCCUUCGCUUGGCUGGGCAGACAUGCAGGAACACCUCACAGUGUACAUAUCUCAUCAACGGUGUGAGCAGCUGUGUGCUGGGAGUGUGUAAAUGCGCUCCUCUCACAAACUACUACAGCACACAACGACCUGUUCAACCUAACAACUGCACUGAUAUACUACCUUGGUACUUCUGGAGCGACCGCAUAAUCAUCAAAAGAAUAGACCCAGCCAAUGUCUGCUAUAUCAGUUUCCAACUUAAAACCUCAUCAUCCGCUAUUUUCAUUCACUUACUCACUGACUACUACGUUACCGUCAACAGAUACGCCAUAUCAAUCCUCCCCCAAGGCCAAUUCAUCAUUAACAGAGUGACGAACAACGUUGUAUAUAAUAUGGCUACGACUGUUUAUCCUGGGCUGUUGUCAUCAACGGCGUACGUCCUGAUUAAAUUUUCUUGGUGUAACGGACAACUCAGAGCUGGACCACAAGGAAAUGAGUUGCUACUCAGCUGGAACGACCCGAGUCCUCUCACCAUCACCAACGUUUUACUACAGUCAGCAUCAGACAAUGCCCAGACUUGGAUCAAAGGAAACAACAUGAUGGAUCAGUGGACACCCGGGGGAAACGUCACCACGCCAGGAGAUUAUCGAGCUACAAUUACGAAGAAAGUUGCUGUCGGUAAAAACUCAACAAACUAUUCCACUACCUUUUACUGUAAGGGAGCAAGAGACUGUGAACUUUUCUUCAUGGCAGCAGCAAACUUCAAUGAUUACUACCAAGUUUGCAUUGGAUGCUGGGCCAACGUGCAGAGUUAUCUAGGUUUUCUUCGUAACAGUCAGAAACAAGGGGGUAUACUAGACACUGUCGCAAAUCGUCUGGACGUCAACAAUUAUAGGCAAUUUUGGAUUCAAAUCAUGAACGGCAACAUAAUGGUCGGCAAUGGAGGGGUGGUUGGACAACAACAGUGGGCGUCAUUCCAAGACACCUCAGGCAGUCCUCCUAUGGUUGUCAACUACGUCUGUCUCAGAGGCUGCUGCAACGUCCCUGUCCAGUUCUAUUUUCCUGAGGAACCUGACUGGAACGCCGUGGAAUGGGGCCUUGGUAUCCCAUAA